CAGUAUGACAUGCAGAUGAGUGCCGUCGAUCUUAGAAUCACCGCACACUUCACUCAUUUGGGCAGUCACGGGGCCAAAACCAGAGUGUGGAGCCACAGUGUGGCGGUGGAGGCAGCAGCAAUGGGAGGCCAUACAGCACCCUAUGAAAAAAUGGAACCCACCAGCAGUGUGAGGAGACCUGAAAGUGGCACAUGGCAGAGUGUGGCGAUGGAGACAGCAGCAAUGGGAGGCCGUACAGGGACCCAUGACACACUCUGGACCUGGCAGCAGCAUGAGGAGUCGGUACGGGGGCCCAUGGCAGAUUACGGGCCUGGCAGCAGCAAUGGGAGGCCCGUAAUCUGCCAGCACCCUAUGACAAAAUGGAACCCACCAGCAGUGUGAGGAGACCUGAAAGUGGCACAUGGCAGAGUGUGGCGAUGGAGACAGCAGCAAUGGGAGGCCGUACAGGGACCCAUGACACACUCUGGACCUGGCAGCAGCAUGA